AUGAACGAGCGCUUGCACCGAAAUCUCCCACUCCAACAAGCCGCCCUCAGCUUGUCAUGUCUGCAUGUAAUGAGAACCAGCGGCCUGACGACAAGCACACCCACCUCCACAUGCAGCAAGAGGUACAGCCGAGCUUGCACGCCAACACUGGGAAACACACAUUUGCACAUACUUGCCAGUAUUUGCAAUCACACCCAAAAACACACAGGCCAGCACACAUCAAUUAGUUGUUUUUUUGCAUCGAUAGCCGGAAGCAGGCUAAUUGGAGGUGGUUGUCCGGCCUCGGGGCGUCGUCAUGUCGACAAAUGUACCGGUGGAAUGGAGCAACGCGAAACUGGGAUCUGA